AUGGCGAUCUCAGAUCUCCUCAACCGUCGCGUGCGAGCUUUGCCGGAGGAAGACGAAGAAAUCUAUUCAGAAGAAUCAGCAUUUGAAGAAAAAAGCGAUGACAGACGCUCAGGUGAAUCCGAUUCAGAUUCAGACGAUCUUGAUGACGAAGCAUUGGAGGAGACCGAUGACAACUCUGAACACGACGGGCCCGUUGGCUUAGAAGACGACGAAGAUAGUGAAGAUGGUGAAGACAAUGAUAAUGGAGAGGACGAUGUCCAAGCUUCCCUUAGUAGCAUAUCCUUUGGAGCCCUCGCUAAAGCGCAAGCGUCACUCGGUCCGAAAGGCAAGCGCAAUGCAAAAACCGCCAAACCUACAGAGGAGUCCCCGCAGACUACAUCACCGCUAGACGACAUCAGAGCGCGAAUCCGCGAGGCACGGGAGCAAAAACGUCAAGAAUCCGGAAAAUCCAAGGACUCGGCAAAACCUGCAAGGACUUCAAAACAUGCCCCCAUGGUUCAGUCAUCUAAACGCGCCGUUUCACGCAAGCGCACUGUUGUCGAACCUCCAUCGGUACCCAAAUCGCGAGACCCACGAUUUGAUCCGACGGUGCUCAGUCAUGGUGGUCGCCAUAAUGCUGAAUCGGCCAGGAAGGCAUACUCGUUCCUAGACGACUAUCGUUCUUCAGAGCUGAAAGAGCUAAAGGCCAAGUUCGCCAAAACAAAGAACGCCGAGGAGAAGGAAGCUUUGAAGCGUGAGAUUCGGUCCACGUCGGAUCGUCUCCGUGCAAUGGAGAAUAGGAGGCGGGAAGAGGAGGUACUGGCAGAGCAUAAGAAACGAGAGAAACAGCUCAUCCGCGAAGGAAAAAAGAGCAACCCAUACUUUUUGAAGAAGUCCGACCUCAAGAAGCAAGUAAUGCUCAAGAAAUACGAGAAUAUGAAUUCGAAGGAACGCACGAAGGCCCUAGAACGGAGACGGAAGAAGAUUGCCUCCAAGGAAAGGAAAGAGAUGCCCAUGGAACGCAGAUUAGGCAGUGAGGGCAACGAUGACGGUGGCAGGAAACGGCGGCGGAUGGCGUGA